AAUUCAUGUUAAAAUAAAAAUUAAUUUAAAACAAUUUAAAUGUUAAAUCAAUCAUAACAGGACGGCGGUAGCGUUUUAAAUUAACGUCAAAAUGCUGAUCAGUAUAAAGUGUAUAAAGUGCUACUUAACAUAUUUUAUAUUCAUUCAAUUCGGAUGUAGUUCAAUAUUAGGUAAAGGGGCUACGCCCCUCACUCAAGCGAAUAUAGAUAUGACAUUGGCUUCCAAUGAGUUGGUGUUCAUUAAUUUUUAUGCCGAAUGGUGUAGGUUUAGUAAUUUAUUGCAGCCUAUUUUUGAUGAAGCUGCUGAUAAGAUAAAUGAAGCAUUUCCUGAACAGGGAAAAGUAGUAUUAGGUAAAGUCGAUUGUGACAAGGAGAAUUCGGUUGCUUCCAGGUAUCACAUCUCCAAAUAUCCAACGCUGAAAGUCAUCAGGAAUGGACAGCCGACUAAAAGAGAAUACAGAGGUGCAAGAACAUCAGAAGCAUUUUUGGAGUUUGUCAAAAAACAAUUGGAGGACCCGAUUAGAGAAUUCCAUUCAUUGAAAGAUUUGGAAACAUUGGAUACCAAAAAGCGUAUCAUUGUGGGCUAUUUUGACAGAAGGGACAUGCCAGAAUAUUCCACAUUCCGUCGUGUUGCAACCAAUUUGAAGGAGGACUGUCAGUUUCAUGUCGGGUUUGGAGAUGUCAGCAAAAAUAUGCAUCCUCCUGGUAAACCGAUAAUAGUAUUCAGGCCAGACGUGUCCAGAUCAAAUGAACAUGAUGAAACUUAUUUGGGAUCUUUGUCCAACAUGGAUGAGCUGCACGUUUGGGUGCAAGAUAAAUGUGUGCCUUUGGUCAGAGAGAUCACAUUCGAGAACGCCGAAGAAUUGACAGAGGAGGGUCUUCCAUUUUUAAUCCUUUUCCAUUCCCCCGACGUUAGAAGUGUCAAACAAUUCAAUGAUAUCGUGCAUACAGAAUUGCUUGACGAAAAACAAAAUGUGAAUUUCCUGACAGCCGAUGGUAAGAAAUUCGCCCAUCCUCUGCACCAUCUGGGCAAAGGGCCGAGUGAUCUGCCGUUGAGCAUCGAUAGUUUUAGGCACAUGUACUUAUUCCCUGAUUUUAAAGACAUGCACAUUCCUGGCAAAUUGAAGCAGUUUUUGCAGGAUCUCUAUAAUGGAAAACUGCACAGGGAGUUCCACUACGGCCCCGACACGAACGAGAUAGCCCCCGACAAUUCCCCAAAUGCCGGUGGGGCCCAAAGAAAGGCUACGCAGCCCCCGGAUUCUACUUUCAAGAAAUUGGCACCCUCGAAGAACAGAUACACCUUACUAAGGGACGAACUUUAGGUAACGAAUUGAUUUGAUGUUGAGAGACGAUAGCAACAAAUUUUUUAUUAUUAAUGAAUUGAUUAAUUUACAAAACCACCCACGAUGAUGAUAAAGACUAGAGACAAGACGAAAGGUUUGGCUGAAUAUUAAAAAAUUGUGUAAAGUGAGUAAAGAAGUUAAUAUCGAGUGAUGUAAAU